GGAGAGGUGGGGGUGGGUGAAUACAUCUGGCUGGGGAUCCGGGUCUUUCCCGCGGAACUGAAAGGGAAACGGCUGCCGGCCACUGCAGGACCAUCGCUGUGGGAAGACACUUCGGAACCCAGGAGUCACCGGGCAGACACCUGUUUUGUGCUGAACAGACUCUGGCUUUGCUGGAGACUCCUUCAGGAUCCCGGAGUCUAAGCUGUACCAGGAAGGGUCCCAGAGUCGGGGGGCUCUUAGCACUCCAAAUAUGUUCCUGCGCCGGCUUGGUGGCUGGAUUCCUCGGCCCUGGGGUCGCCGGAAGCCAGCAAGACCUGAGCUGCUUACCCCCGAUCCCGGCCGGGUGGACAGCUCUCCCGAGAAUUCCGGGAGUGAAUGGGACAGUGCCCCAGAAAGCCUGGGAGAUGUGGGGCUUCCCAAGCCCAAGGACUCCGGGGCCCGGAGGCGCGCAGGGGUGGCUUCAGAACCAAGGAGGGAAUCCCAAGUUGAGCAGCUGGGGAGCAGAAGAAUGGACUCCCGGCAGCGGGACAAGACUGUCUCCAGCACUCAAGAGCCUGGGAGACUGGAAGAGAAGGGAACCUCCAAACUGGGAUGGGAUCCCGUGGAUGCUGGUGACGUCAGGAGGCCUGGAGGGUCCCCUGAAGGGGGAUCGAGCGGCCCUGAGCCUGAAGCCCCAGUGGAGAAGCCUGGCCGCCGGCAGAAGCUGCUGGGCUGGCUGCGGGUGGGAUCUGGCGGCGGAGCGGCGGCGGCCUCGCAGUACCUGGGGAGCCGAGAGGAGAGCUUGCAGAUCUCCACCAACCUGACCCUGCACCUGCUGGAACUGCUGGGAGCAGCCCUGCUGGCACUGUGCUCCCGGCCCCUGCGGGUGAUCCUGGAUGCACUGGGCCUGCGAGGACCCCUGGGUCUCUGGUUGCACGGGCUGCUCUCCUUCCUGGCCGCCCUGCAUGGGCUCCAUGCCGUGCUCAGCCUCCUUACGGCGCACCCCCUGCACUUUGCGUGCCUCUUCGGUCUUCUCCAGGCCCUGGUGCUGGCUGUCAGCCUCCGGGAGCCCAGUGUGGAUGAAGAAGCCUCUGACUGGGAGGGUGAGAAGUUGGAGAGGGAGGGUGAGGAGCAGCUGGGGGACUCAGGGAAGGAGCUGUGAUCUGGGUUGGUGGGACGUGUAUCCCAUGGUCCCUCCAUCAUGAAGUAGGGGCAAGGGUGAAGACUGUGGCCUUUAGGACAAGAGUGGGGGGCGUGACCCAGACUGUAAGCACAGAGACCUCAGGGAUCAGGACGAAACCCCAGUAUGGGGCCACCAGCCCCUGCUCCCCACAUAGGAGAGCACUGUUUAAGGUGUUGGUGGGGUGGGGAAUCACCCUUCAGUUCACCAGCUGUUAGUAUUUUUGCUUUUACCUUUCUCCCACCUUUAGAUUUUUUUCCCCCCCAUUUCCAGUUUUUCGGGGGUGGGGGUUGGGGCCACACCCAGCGGUGCCCGGGGAGCUACUCCAGCUCUGUGCUCCCAGCGCCAGGGGACGAUGUCAUGCUGGGGAUUGAAAUGGGGUCGGCUGCAUGCAAGGCAAGCACCUUAACCUCUGUAUUAUUUCUGGCUCUUCAACUUCACUUUUUAAAACCAAAAAAAAAAAAAAAAGUGUGGUGAUGGAG